AUGACUAGGGAGAUUCCUAAUAUUGAAUCACCAAGGAAACGAUCAGGUCUAUUAAGAGAUCAAGUUCAGCUGGUUAAAAGAAGGGAUUCUGAUCGUUACGAGAUUGUUCCAAUUCAGGAUCCUCUAUCAUUUGAGAAGGGUUUCUUUGCUGUUGUUCGGGCGUGCCAGUUGUUAGCUCAGAAAAAUGAUGGUAUGGUACUAGUCGGCGUGGCAGGUCCUUCUGGGGCUGGAAAGACAGUUUUUACCGAGAAGAUCCUCACCUUUAUGCAUAGCAUUGCUGUUAUAAAUAUGGAUAACUACAACGAUGUGACCCGUAUUAUCGAUGGAAACUUUGACGACCCUAGCCUGACAGACUAUGACACAUUGCUCGGGAAUAUUCACGGUUUGAAAGCCGGGAGGCCUGUCCAAGUCCCAAUUUAUGAUUUUAAGACCAGCUCUCGCGUAGGUUACAGGACUGUUGAAGUUCCCAGCUCCCGGGUCGUUAUUAUCGAAGGGAUAUAUGCCUUGAGUGAGAAAUUGCGUCCUUUGAUAGAUCUUUGCGUUUCUGUUACUGGUGGAGUGCAUUUUGACCUUGUCAAACGGGUUCUGAGGGACAUUCAACAUGCUGGACAAGAGCCCGAGGAGAUAAUUCAACAGAUAUCAGAAACGGUGUAUCCUAUGUACAAGGCUUUCAUUGAGCCAGAUCUACAAACAGCACAUAUCAAAAUUAUCAACAAAUUCAACCCAUUCUCGGGAUUUCAAAAUCCCACAUAUGUUUUAAAGUCAUCAAGGCUGGUGACCGUGGAUCAAAUAAAAGCCGUUCUUUCAGAAGAUUGCAGAGUAACUAUGGAGGAAACUUAUGAUAUAUAUCUUCUACCACCUGGUGAAGAUCCAGAAGCAUGCCAAUCAUAUUUGAGAACGAGGAACCGGGAUGGCAAAUACAAUCUCAUGUUUGAGGAAUGGGUCACAGAUAGCCCCUUCAUUAUAUCGCCAAGAAUUACUUUUGAAGUUAGUGUGCGCCUUCUCGGGGGUUUGAUGGCAUUAGGUUACACAAUUGCAUCCAUCCUGAAAAGAAGUAGCCAUGUCUUCAUGAAUGAUAAAGUUUGUGUAAAAAUUGAUUGGCUGGAGCAACUUAACCGCAAGUAUGUUCAGGUGCAAGGAAGAGAUCGUUUAUAUGUCAAAUAUGUUGCUGAGCAACUGAACUUGGAUGGUUCAUAUCUUCCUCGCACUUACAUAGAACAGAUUCAACUGGAGAAGCUCAUAAAUGAUGUCAUGGCACUGCCCGAAGAUCUGAAGACAAAGCUCAGCAUAGACGAUGAUUUGGCUUCAAGCCCCAAAGAAGCUCUUUCCCGAGCGUCUGCAGAUAGAAGAAUCAAGUUCCUCAAUCGUGCACACACUUUCUCGACACAGCGUGACAAAAAUCUGUCAAAGCUUACAAAACUUGCUGUCAACAAUAGGAGGUUGGACGGAAGAACGCCAGAUUCACCAGCAGCGCUUGGUAACCAGGGCAUCAUUACACAGCAUAUAUCCGAACAAAUUUCUACACUGAAUGAACGAAUGGAAGAAUUAACAUCAAGAAUUGAAGAAAUAAACUCGAAAAUUUCAACCUGGAAAGUGUCCGCUGGUGAACAAAGUUUGGUUGAAGCCUGCAAUGGCAUUCCUCUUGUUGUGUCUGGUGUAGGAAAUGGCCCAUUGGUCGGUUCUCUCCUUCCCCAUUCCUCGUCUUCUUCCCAAUUACUCGGGGAGUUUCCAAUAAUGGAAGAGGUAUUGCUCAUUGCUCGGGGACAACGUCAAGUUAUGCAUCAAAUAGACAAUCUUAGCAAAAUCCUACAUGACUAUUUUGGGGAGAGGUCUCAGCAAGGACGAGCAGAUGGAGCUAUGACUGUUCAGUUGGUUGGAAUUUCUUUAAUUGUUCCUUUGGCUAUUGGUGGCAUAGGGAUCUACUUGUUCAAAACUUGGUCAUCUCAGAAGUGA